AUGGCUGCUUCCUCCAAGACCCCUCCUCUCCAUAUCAAAGGUCCUCGGGAUUUCAAAUCCUCCCCACAAUCACCGGUUUUCCCAGGGAAGAGCGGUCCGUUGGGUCGUCAUAAGAUUACUCAUCAUCAGACCGAACCUCAUCCCACUGAACCCAAUUUCUUUUCAUUUUUAGUAACUGGAGUAUAUGCUAGGCGAAUUUUUGUUGAAGAACUGGGAGCUCAGCCUAAAAGUGUCAUUAACUGUGUACCAUUAGAGGAUUUUGGUGGUGGCCAUCCUGAUCCUAAUCUUACUUAUGCGGCAGGUUUAGUUGAAGAAAUGAAAAAAGGAGAAUUUGACUUAGGAGCUGCUUUUGAUGGUGAUGGAGAUCGGAAUAUGAUACUAGGAAAAAAGGCCUUUUUUGUAACUCCAUCAGACUCUUUAGCUGCCUUAGCAAAUAAUCUGGAAAGCAUUCCUUAUUUUAAGAAAACUGGGGUAAAAGGAUAUGCACGAAGUAUGCCGACAGCUGGUGCUGUAGACAGAGUUGCUCAAGUUACAGGAAAAAAUAUAUUUGAAACUCCUACAGGAUGGAAAUAUUUUGGUAAUUUGAUGGAUGCCGGAAUGCUUUCUUUGUGUGGUGAAGAAAGUUUUGGAACUGGCUCUGAUCAUAUAAGGGAGAAGGAUGGAAUUUGGGCUGUACUUGCAUGGUUGUCAGUGCUUGCUAAUUUAAAAACAAGUGUUGAAGAUCUUCUGAAUAACCAUUGGCUAAAAUUUGGGCGGAAUUUUUUCACCCGAUAUGAUUAUGAAAACUGUGAUGCUGCACCAUGUAAUCAAAUGAUUGCUGACUUAGAAGAAGCUAUUGCCAAGAAAACUCUGAAUAAGCAAUCAUUUACUAGUGACAGUAAAACUUACACUGUAGACAAAAUUGAUAAUUUUGAAUAUAUUGAUCCAGUUGAUAAAAGCAUAGCUUCUAAACAAGGAAUUCGGAUAAUAUUUGAAGAUGGUUCCAGAAUCGUCUUGCGUUUAAGUGGAACUGGUAGUAGUGGUGCCACUGUCCGUCUGUAUAUUGAUAGUUAUGAAAAAGAUCCUGAAAAAAUAACAUUACCUGCUCAAGAAGUGUUAAAACCGUUGAUUAACAUAGCUUUGAAGCUUACAAAAAUUAAGGAAUAUACUGGCAGGGAUGCUCCAACUGUCAUUACUUAAUCUUUUCCACAAAACUAGGAAAACUGCAUUCUGCCAAAACUGAAAGUAUUGUGUGUUGAAAUUAAUAAAAUUCUAAAAGAUUGUUGAUAUUUUAGCUAGGGAUGUUACUGUUAUUUUAAAUAUGUAAAAGUGAAAUUUAUUUGUUAAAGAAGCUUUCCAUAUUUUUUUUUUUUAUAAUGAAUGUGUUCAUUUUAUUUGUUAAAAUGUGCAAUAAAAUAUUCAAGUUUUCAUAUAUAAAAUGGGUUAAAGUUAUUCCUAGAAAUGUGCUUUAGAUAUUCAGGAUACUCAGAUACUGAAUUUUUUUUAAUGAGAAUAUACAUAUUAUGUCUAAUCAUAUAUUAUAGAAUUUCAGUUUUGUGUAACAUGGAAUUAACUUGGAAGUUGUAUAUAAUAAUUAUUAUCCUUUUUAAUGCUGAAAGUCCCAAUAUUCUUGAGAAAUGUCUUGCAGAUACAGGAGUGCAUUUAAAUAUGUGAUAUUGGCAUAUUUGUGGUGCUUAUAAAUGUAGUAUGGGUCACAAGAGGCAUUGUAUUUCUAAACAACCUUCAGUCAUCAAUUAUGUUUUUAAAAUAGUAAAGAUACCCUCUGUCUUAAGAUGAGAGGCUGAUAAAAGUUAAAUCCGCUCUUAAGUCCACCACUAUGAGUUAUGUUAGUAAAUGUCACUAAAACUAGUUAUCCUAUAUUUUCAAGUAUCUAUAGUGAUAGUUUAUAAACAUUUUUAAUAAUAAGCAUGUGUAAAUCUAUUAUAGCAAAUCUUGUAAUUCUAAAUUUUGUAUAGUAACGAUACAGUAUAUAAAAGAAUAAAAAUCAUGCAGUCAUUAAUGCUAAUCUGCUGCAAUUCUGAUAUAAUUUUUGUUUAAAGAACAAGUAUACAAAGUAAUUCGAUAAAAAUUUCAAGAGUCUUUCAAAAGUAAAAAUACUUGAGUGCUGAAAAUAUUACAAAACUUGUUAAUGCCAGAACAAAAGCAAAAUUCUUAAAUCCAUUUAUUAUAUCUUAGAUCAAGUACUUUUGCUAUUUAAUAUGAUAGACAUUUCUUUGUUUGUCUUCUGUGAAAGGUUCUUUGAAUAGUAUUUUGAAGUAUUGUAUAUUCUGUGACUAGAAUAUAAUGAGCUUCUAUCUCGAGAAUUAAUAAUAUGUUUACAUUUCUGUGUGACGUAUAUCUCCAAACUCCCAGAUUAAUCAACAUCACAGCCUGUUUGCAUAUUAAAAAUAUCUGAUGUGUACACCAUGACUUCCUUGUACAAAAAAUUAAAUUAUACCCAUUUUUCCUUGCA